AUGUCCUCGGGCGUAUACGGAAUAGAAGCGAAACCGGCUAGGAAUCAGCAUUUCGCCACAGCGAAGCUGGUGAAUAUCUACUCGCCGAACCAUCUCGAGUUUCUAGAACUGUUCGAAAAUUCAGAACCCGUAUCUAGAGACGGGCGAAUCAACCGCACGUUUCUAGAAUAUGGCACGGAAAAGCUUCUUGAAUCCGGUAAAUUGAUGCCUCCCCGGGUCAUUUUAUCAACUUCAAUGCCCGGGCGCCAUAACUGGCUCCCAGCCUUUUACGAAGAUGACUCAACUAUCGUCGAUGUAACCGGCACCGGGAACACUUUCCUUGGAUCUCUUAUCUUUGCUAUGCCAGCUUGUAUCCACGACGUUUUCGAGGCUUCAGCUAUGGCCUCUGUGGCAGCCAGUUUCUCGCUCCAACAAAUCGGGAUGCCGAUUUUGUCGAGAACGCCCAUCAUCUCAGUCAUCAAUACUGUACGAAGCCAAAUCAGCAUCUGUUCUUACUCGCCUGCCACUCAUUCUGAAACUCGAACCCCGAUCACCACUGCACCCACAGCUUUCAACACCAUGCUGGGGUAUCAACUCAAUAUGAAAAAGGUGCGUGAGCGCGAGGAUAUCGAAGAUGGCUAUAUCUACCUCGAGCGCGUUCCCUACAAGCCCAAGAAGAGUGGUACUGGUAUCAAGACCAGCGCCGUCAAAUCCAGUCCCACACCUCCUGCGCCUUCCCCCAAGAUCCUGCCCAAUCCAACUGCCAACAAGCCAAACGAACAGACCAAGCCCGUCGCCAACACCAACCAUGGAAGACCUCAGCAAAUGUGUCUCCAAAUGGCUUUCACCAGCAUCCGCCACCGCCUAACCCAGUUGUUCACCCGUCAGGCUGUGACGCAUAUCUUUGGAAUGAUGCACGAGGUCGCUGUAAAGGUCAUCAAAGCCGGCCGCGCGAUGUGCAAUGCAAGGAGCUCCAGCGCUGAUGAUGCCGGCAACACUAUUCACGGCGUUCCCAGUCCCCACAAGGAUGUUAUACCUGCCGUGGACCGACCGUCUGUGACGGACACCUUCUCUACCAGCACCCUGCAACUGGGUUCCCGCGAAGAGGACGGGUUCGUCGUUCUGAAUACCCUCCCCCACGACCUUCACGAUGAGGAAGACUUCAUCAUGGUCCAGGAUGUCGGAUCUGCUCCUAUCAAUGAGGAUGACGGAUUUGUCAUGGUCGACGCUGUUCCUUGGGCCGAGCCACCACCAAGCAGUCCCAUUCACAUGCCCGGCCGCACUUCUGUGCCGUUAGUGGUGCGCUCUCUGCUGUUCUAA